AUUGCCACAAAAUAAUAUAAACAUAUUUACUUUAUAUAUUUAUUUGUUACAUACUCAGAAUUAAAUAAGUAUGAUGGUUGAAUGUGGACCAUUUGUUGAGAUACCAAAUAUUUGCUGAGUUGAGCCAGAAUGGCCCACCUGCCCACAUAUAAACUCACCCAAAUACCGGCAGCUCACGGUUCAGCCACGGUGUGAGGAGGCUGCAUUCCUUCAUGCACAGAAGAUUAUGGGUGUGCUGUGCUGUGAUGGUUUGAUAGAGGGUCAUGUUGGGAAAGAAUUGGCCACUUACUGCACGUGGUACCAAACCCCCUAUCCUUGUGCUGUUUGUGGGUGGCUUACAUAGUGACAGUCAUGAUCACCGUCAUUAUGCCCCCUGUUGUGGUUUUUGGUGUUUGCUGCGGGUCGUGGAGGGGGUGAGGGGCAUUACCUAAGGGCACACCAGAGACGGGAUGGGAAAGACCACACCACAAUACAGUAAAGGUCUAGGAUUUACCAGUUAAACAUAAGGUGUAACUGGAAAGGCAGCAUGAUCAGGCAUGGUAGGAUUACAUGGGUCCUGGAUUACAAAGGAUGCUUCACCCCUUUAAACGUUGCUUCACGCAUCAGAUUUUCUGCGGCUGAUGUCUUCCAUUUGUUGGCAAAUUUUCCUGUGCACCUUGCGCCACAGCUGGUCCUUCACACUGUGUGCAAAUGUCUGACUGUUUCAGCUAAUAAACACAGGCUAACAGAUCAAUAGACACAUGGAGGGAGCACGAGAGGGAGAGAGAGCGGGAGAGAGAGAGGGACCAGCAGCAGGAAGGGGGAGAGAAUGGGGGAGAGGCAGAACUGGCAGAAGGGGAGGGGUGUUGUCAUAGAGAGAGGGCCCGGAAGAUUCCGGCACCUUGGUAACAAGCGCGCUGAGCCGCGCUGCGAGAGUGAGGAGACGCAGCGGCUGCAUCUGCUGCCACACUGACGGGCUGUGACGGAUGCAGACACUGCUGCUGCUGCUGCAGAGAAGAGGAGGGCCAAGCCAGCCUCCCCCUUUUCUCUCCCUCUCUUUCUCUCCCCUUCUCUUGGUUUCCCCGUCUUCUCGAUUUGCUCUGCUCACCUCCCCCUUUCAUUUUCUGGAUGCCCCCCCCACCUCCAGCUCUCCGCUGUGCUUCAUCACCGGGUCACACAGCUUUUUUUUUCCCGCUGCCUUCCCCUGCAACGCAUCGCCGCUCUCUGUCUUCACGGCGGGGGAGAGGGAGGGGGCAGCGAGUGGGAGAGCGUCUCGGCGGAGGGGCAGGGAGCCAGAGCAGAAGCGCGAAAGAGGGGAGCGCUGAAAGGGUUUUCCUCACCGUUAUUUCUUGCUGAGGAUGGGGAGUCAGAUGUAGAAAAGGCGCCGGGAAGACUGCGAGGUCGGUGCCGCUGCUGGCCAGCCGUCGCUGAGGUAGGAGCUGUACCUGCAACGUACCUGUGAGCUUGGAGGACUGUGACCAGGGGGAUGUGCAAAUAAGGGGAACAGUCACGCUGAUUUUAUUGCCGUGCUUUACUGGCUCGCUCACCUCAAAGGUGCUGGUGCCACAGACGCUCAAUCCCCCGUGAAGCGGCAUUGUCUGCACCUUCUCCGUUUUUGGCAGGAUUAGGGGCCAUUUUUUGCUCCCCGCUCCCCACCUUUAACCUGUUUGAUUUCGGCCGUCGGAUUGAGAGGUGUGGAGCGGCGUAGCGCAGCUCCGCUUUUGCGCGGUGUGUGAGCGGGACUCCCUGAUCUGGCUGCCGCCGCCCCUUCUGGCAUUUUCUCCCUGGCCACACGGAUGACCGUUUUCCGGUGAGUCGGCCGGGAAACCUGCUUGUGCGCAGCUACACCUGCCGGCUUCUUCGCCGGCGUCUGGCAGCCCUUGCGGGUGGUGCCGCCAUCCAUGUGCGACUCCGUGUGCAGCCGCUGCCUUUGUGUUUCUCACUGGCUCUUCAUUUUAUUCCUUAUUGUCUUGCACUGUGGACUACAGCUAAACGUCACACCAUGUUUUGCUCGAGAACAAAAAAGGCAGUCUAAUGAGGUAAACAAGGGGGACCAAAAUAACAUCAAUUGGAAAGAAAAUAAAUGUCACAUCAGCAACAGAGGUUCUAGAAGAACAGUGCCUGUACCUUGUUAACGGACGGCCCUGGGGACAUGUGGCUGAUGGAUUGAGCCGCGAUAUUUUCAUUUAAAAACAAAGAAGCGAGAAGGCGGGCUGUUGUCAUGAGCGGAGAACGUGGCUCGCCGCUGACUUCUUCCGAGAUGGAGGAGAGAGAGAGAGAAGCGCAGAAUAGUCUGUAGAUUUAUUGCCGGUUCUAGGCAGAUUGCCAGAGUAGAAUGAGAAGGGAUAGUAGAAGGACAUCGCCGUCCAGAAGCAAGUUCCAGAAGGAAGUCAAACAGCAGUCUGCCCUCCUGCUCAUCAGAAUACCUUUCACCUCUGUAUGAGGCUUAGUCCCAUCAACUGAUUCUGCAGUGGACAGUGAAACUCUGCCUUCGUAACCUGAAGAGGUACCGCUGCCUAUCUUUUACACUCUGUCCAUUUCAUCACCGACUGACCAUCGCUUGAACUUAUUGAUCAUUUUCAAGUAACUAUAGAUACUGCUAUCCUAUCUGGCUGCAGCCUAUAGUCUAUGGUCUGUCCACUGCAAACGGACCACAUGAGCCAAUCCGGCAGUCUGCAGCGGCGCACCACCUACCUCAUCUCCCUGACCCUGGUUAAAGUCGAGUCGGUGGGAGAUGAUGGGGUGCAGCACACGAAGGACUCUGUCCUGGGAGCAGCAGCAGGGAGCCGGGAAGGCGAGGGGUGGGAGGACUGGGAGCUGCUGGCACAGCAGAAGAAACAGGACGAUGAAGAGGAAACAGAGUUGGAGGAAGAGGAAGUUACGACUGAGCCAGGGACAGAUAGGGCUACACCCCAGAGCCGAGACAGACCGUGCCCCAGGGUAGUUGAAGACAGGUGGUCCAUUGUGGAUGAUGGCCACCCCAAAGCAAAGGAGAGGUCAGUGGUCCGUCCUAAAGGGCUUCCUUCCACCCCUGUGAAGGACACUGAAGAGGUAAGGACCAGACGGACUGCAGAGGAUGGAGAGACGGACAGAGAGGAAUCCUCAGACAGUAAGACGUCCAGAGUGGCUCCGCAAAUGAGGAAAUCUGUCGAUAUGAUUGCUCCAAAGCCCUCCCCCAGAAGCAGCGUUCCCAUCCGCUCUGGUCAGCGGUCAGGGUCCCUACAAAAACCCCCUGGUGGUACUGUGAGUCAGCGGGAGCUAAGGGAUGUGAAGGAAGGCAUCUCUAAGUCCGCAAAGAGUCUGGACCGCAAGGAGAAGGCGGAGGCCAGGUCCCCCCUCAGCCCGGUCCUAGUGCCCAGCCGAGGGUCCUGGACCGGGGAAGAGGGGAAGGCCCGAGCUCCACACAGAAGAGCUGAUGGGGCUGAGGAUGCUGAUGCAGCUGCCACAAGGGGGAGCCCCAGGACGGAGAGGCUGAAGACUGGGUCUGCCUCACUCCCAACCCCAGUCACGCCAGUCCCUAAGCCUCCUCGUAAAGGUAAAAGUCGCACUUUGGAUAACAGCGACCUGCGCAUCCUGUCCGAAGACCUCCGGCGAGGCAAGGAGGGCCAGGCUCUGAUGGGCAUGGGAUCCACCAUAGGAACCACCCCAGGAUACGGCCAGACACAGAGAGCUUCGGCGCGUGACCGCAAGAUGCUAAAGUUCAUCAGUGGGAUUUUCACCAAGAGCACGCCCGCCUCAGCUGGCCCCAUGUACGGCUCUGUGCAGAGGGAAUCGAGCGAAGAGGAAGCGGCCUGUGCCAACAGCCAGGAAUGGACCUUGAGUCGCUCAGUCCCAGAGCUCCGACUGGGGGUUCUGGGUAGCCUGCGCAGUGGCCAUUCUGCACUGGUGAACAGAUAUAUAACUGGCAGCUACCUUCCGCAGGAGUCCCCUGAAGGGGGAAGGCACAAGAAGGAAGUACUGGUUGAGGGGCAGAGCCAGUUGCUACUGAUCCGGGAGCAGUGCGGUCCCCCAGAUGCCCAAUUCAGCGACUGGCUGGAUGCUGUCAUUCUGGUCUUCAGCCUGGAGAAUGAGGCCAGCUUCCAGGAAGUAUAUAACAACUACAGCCAGCUGAACAGCCACCGCAACAUGGCAGAUGUCCCUCUGAUUGUGGUGGGGACACAGGACAAGAUCAGCAGCACCAACCCGCGGACAAUCGAGGACGCACGAGCAAGAAGACUUUGUGUGGAUGUGCGUCGCUGUGCUUACUACGAGACCUGCGCCACCUAUGGGCUCAACGUGGAACGGGUCUUCACAGAGGCUGCCCAGAAGAUAGUGGCCUACAAAAAGCAGCUAGCCACCCAGCUAGCCUGCAAAUCCUUGCCCAACUCCCCCAGUCACUCUGGGGGCUCCACGCCAGUGUCGGGAGCCUUCCCUGGGCAGGCCAGCAAUGGAGGCCAGAGCAGUGAUUACUCAUCAUCUCUGCCCUCGACCCCUGUCGUUAGCCACAAGGAGAUUCGGGGGGGCGCCGAUGGAGCUGGAAGUGCUACUCCAGGGCCCCUGCGCAAUGCCCCCCGGCGCCGGACAUCUCUCUUCACGAACCGACGAGGUAGCGACACAGAGAAGAGGAGCGUGGACAGCAAAGGGGACGCAGCCGGUGGGAGGGCCAUGCCCAUUAAGCAGAGCAUUCUGUGGAAGCGCGGUGGAAGUUCCCUCAACAAAGAGUGGAAGAAGAAAUUUGUGACCCUGAGCAACAACGGCAUGCUGUCUUACCACUCGAGCUACAAUGAUUACAUGCAGAACGUCCAUGGGAAGGAGGUGGACCUGCUCCGAGUCACCGUGAAGGUGCCGGGCAAGCGGCCGCCCCGUGCUGUCACUUCCUGUGGACCCUCGCCCGGCCUCAACGGGAUGGUGAAAGAUGCCCCAGGGCCCGAGGGUAGCGCCUCUGCCGGCCUGUUGCCAGUGGAUGAGGCGGGUGGGGGUGGUGUUUCUCCACGUGGAGAGAGGGGGGUGCAACGCUGUCCAUCCUCCUUGUCCAAUAAGGCCCAGAGCGUGGAUUCUGCUGUCGAAGGCGUAAGUAGCCCCCCCACUCCAAAAGACCAUGCCCCGCCUUCUCCAAUGUCUGACAGAAAGAAACACAGGAGGAAGAAGAGCAUGAACCAGAAAGGUGACCCUACAAUCGGGCAAGCUGAGGCCAAGCGCAAAAUGUGGAAAUUAAAAAGCUUUGGUAGCUUGAGAAACAUUUACAAGACAGAGGAGGAGAACUCCGACUUCAUGAUCGUGGCCAGCACAGGGCAGACGUGGCACUUCGAGGCCCAGAGCCAGGAGGAGAGAGACUCCUGGGUGCAAGCCAUUGAGAGCCAGAUUCUGGCUAGCCUGCAGUCCUGUGAGAGCAGCAAGAACAAGGCACGCAGGAGCAGCCAGAGCGAGGCAGUAGCCCUUCAGGCCAUCAGGAACGCCCGGGGGAACGGUCUGUGUGUGGACUGCAACGCCCCCAACCCUACCUGGGCCAGCCUCAACCUGGGCGCGCUGAUCUGCAUCGAGUGCUCCGGGAUCCACCGCAACCUGGGGACACAUCUGUCACGCGUGCGCUCGCUGGACCUGGACGACUGGCCGCGUGAGCUCACACUGGUGCUCGCAUCCAUUGGGAACCACAUGGCCAACGGUGUGUGGGAAAGCUGCACCAAGGGCCGCCGGAAGCCCACGCCGGAGGCCAGCCGGGAGGAGAGGGAAUCAUGGAUCCGAGCCAAGUACGAGCAGAGGCUCUUCGUGGCCCCCCUGCCUGCACCGGCCCAGGACACCCCAACGGCCAUGUCCGCCAGGCUGUUGUCCACUGUGAAGGAGAAAGACCUUCCCAAGCUGCUGCUGCUCCUCGCCCACAGUACCAAGGAGGAGAUCAACGCAGCCCCGCCCAGCGAGUCCCCAUCUGACCAGGGCUCCGCCCUCCAUACAGCCUGUCAGCUGGGCAAUGUUGUGAUGACACAGCUGCUGGUCUGGUACGGCAGUGACGUGAUGGCGAAGGAUUCCCAGGGCCAGACUGCCCUGACGAUGGCGCGCCUCUCUGGCAGCCAGGAGUGUGCUGACAUCUUGCUGCAGCACGGCUGUCCUCCUGAGUCCCCCCUUGCUGUCCCCGUGCCUGGUCCACUCCGCAAGAGCAGCACCACCAGCCUGGGUCGGGCCAGUUCUAGGAGAGGGGUUUCCUAGCCCUUGCUGACUCGGGUUAUUGCAGACUAGGGUUAAAUUCACUCCCAUAAGCACAGACACAGAUAUAGGCCUCUGAAGUGGAACUGAAGCCUUCACUUGUAGUGGGGACAUUAUGUGUCAGUGUGUUUAAAAUGCAUCUCCCCCUCAUAACUCUGUGUGUGUGUGUGUGUCAGUGUGUAGGAGCUACAGAUGAGACACGAGUGAGAUAAGAUGGUAAAAUCAAGUGAAAAACAAAAACACUUCACUCUAGUACAUUCAAACCAUGAAGAAAUAUGUUUUUCUUAGCCAUUAUUUCCUUACCAUAGAAUAAUUUUGUGCAUGCCUGGGUGUGCCCGGUGAUGCCACCCCUGGAUACACUCCAUGACACCUUUCUGUGUACUCCUCACUGUGCUGCCAUCAUCUGGGCAAGAGGACUUUGUAAUAAUGUGCACUGGACCAUGUCCCAGUGGACCUGGCAGCUCUGCAUUCUCACAACCUUUCUCAAAAAGAGUUGGGUUUUACCCCUAGGGCCCUGCAGCCAUGCUCCUAAGAGCAGGAUCAGGCUGAACCAGGCCUCUCACUUGCUCCUCCUGGACAGUGAACAGCCUCCUGGUGAACGGUCACUUGAUUCCUCAGAAUAUCAACUGGAAGCUCAAAGCCAGCCUUCAGCUAAUUUGCCAUGGGGAUGGAUGUGGUUGGCUGUGUGAUAAGCACAGGAUUAUAGACUAUGCACCUAGCCAGCAGUAAACGUCUGGAGAUUCCUUGACCUCAUAUCACACACUCGGUUCCAUCUUAUACGGAAUAUAAAAGCAGAGCCUCAUUGAAUGGACAGGAUGGUCAGAACUUAAUACAGCGUCUCUCUCCUGGUGGGUUGUGGGCGAUGUGUGGCUAUCGCUGAUUUGGUUCUGCUUCCGAGUCUCCACUUCAGCAAGAGACCGGGAGUUCUACAGAACCUGGACUUUGCCUGUGUCCUGCCAGGAUACAGUGCUGAUGGCAUGAAGGUUCGUGGAACAUCGGGGCAACCUCUGGAGGACCUGCUGAGGAAAUGUCUCACUGCCCGGUAGACUCUGGUGCUAUAGAUUAAAUACCAAUCCAGAUGUUCAUAUGAAGUGACAGAAAGAUGGUCUGCAAAUGGCAUAUGACAACUGUAAGAAAGAAUGUCUUUAAAAAAAGUAAGAUAAUCGCACAUUUUCCAAGCUUUAGAAGCCCAAUAAUGAACUUAAGGAGUCACCCAGAGUCAGUGUAGAAUAGUUGUGUUCUGCAGAGCUUCCCCACUAUCCUACCCAUUCAUCAAUCAAGAUGCUCAAAAAAACUGUAAGAAGAAAAGUGAAUCUGUGUGAUCUUCACACCAUGCAGUGCUGAGAUGACCAGCAGUGCACGGUUCCCAUAGGCUUCAUCUGUCAGCUGGUCAGUGGCCACGAUUUUCAGUAUUACAAUAAUUAUUAUCCAACAGCUAAAUUGUAAGUACACAGAACUGUAGACGAAUUAUAUUAAAGUCUAUUGAAGAUAAUUAGGCUACAAAUGAUAACAAACAACAGUUGUACAGUAUAGCUAUAUAAUGAUAUUGUUGUUUAAAUGUUGUUAUGAUUAUCGGUAAUGUAUUUACAACAAUGUACUUGUAUGUAAUGAAAUUUGUACGGAUAUCUAGAGCUUGUUUGUAUCUGUGUAAACUGGUCUAUGAUUCAUUAUUCAGAAAUUUGCAUCUGAUGUAAUAGUUUUUUUUAGUGAUUUUUCAAUUUGAUAUUUUUUAUGAUGAUCACUGUUCCUUUAAAAUGUUAACAUUUCUUUUAUGACGAUUUUAGGUCUUAUCGCUGAAUAUACUGUCUGUCACCCAUAACCUUAGUCCUUACAUUUGUUCUGAUAAAUUCCGGAGGCCCAUGCCAGACUCCAUGGGACAGGUCACUGCCUGCACAGUGUGCCAGGGCAUCACAGGAAACUCAAACAACAGUCUCAAGUUGACCUAAAUAGCAUCUUUUUUGCUUUCUGGGAGGAAUUCCACCCAGACAAAACAUGUGAACCUGAAACCACUGCAGAAUGGGAACAGCACUACUGCGCCACCUGGGGGUGAGGCAAAGGAUCAAAGUGACCACCACAGUCGUCCUUACAUUCCGCCUUGGAUGAAAGGCGGUCCAGGGGCCACACCAGACCGAAUUGACAGGUCGGCAGUCUGCAUUCCUGACAGUAUGGGGUCGCUCAUUCUGCCUUGGAUGAAAGGCGGUCCAGGGGCCACACCAGACCGAAUUGACAGGUCGGCAGUCUGCAUUCCUGACAGUAUGGGGUCGCUCAGCAGAAAAGUUCAGCUUUACAGUCAAACACUUUUAUCAGAUAUAAGAUGGAGAAUGUGCCACCGGCAUGAAAACUCGCCCGUGCAGCACGUCUAACUUUUGGGUCAGAUGUUAAACAGCAAAUUCUCCCGUAUAAAUUUAACUGAAAGUGUUUGUAAGGGCAACGGAUUUCUCAUAUAAUCCCUCUCGUGGUAAAUGGAAUUGGAAGUGUAAACUCUGGGAACUGGCCUCUUAAUAUUUUAGUCUUUCUGUGUUUCUGACUAACCAGUACAUAAAGAAAGUUUUUUUUCUUUGACAUUUUUAUGUGGAACUGUAUUAACAACAAAGGGAACAGAAUAAAGUUUAUAGAAACAGA